GAGGCAUUUAUGGUCGCAAAAAUAGUAUAUACAUUUCGCAAAAAUUUACAUAGAAUGAAGUAGUUGCCAUCAUUAGGUUAAAGACAGAAUUCAAUUUCGAUUAUAUAUUGCCAAUGUAUUUUCUACUAUAUCCUUCUAAUUUGAUGGUCGAAUUUUGAAGUUGGUACUAACCGCUUACAUGUCCAUCAACAACCUAUACCUAGGACCUGUCACCAAACUUUCCUCUAAUUAAGAUGCCCUUGUUUUUAGAGGAACAUGCACAGUACUUGAAAAAGUAUCUGGAAAAGGCAUUAGAACCCAUUUCCGAUGCUGAUGCUGGUGUAUUGUCAGACUAUGCUAUGGCUCUUUUACGGCAUGAAUCUUCAGAGGAAGAAGUUCGUCAGCUAUGUUACUCACAGCUUGAAGACUUUUUGAGGCAAGAAACGGUUCCUUUUGUUGAUAAAAUUUUCGAUGUUUUACGUGAACGAUCCUACCUCGAAGAAGCCCCAGAGGUGGCAGCUACUGUACAAACAAAUGAUUCACCGCAGUAUACUGAUAACUACUCUUUCCCGCCGAAACAUGAUGCUCCUGUUCCAAACUAUAUCGCUCCAACUCCGCAAAAUCCAAAUGCAUUCUUCCCCCCAAUACCUCCCAUGAUGCCAAUGCCAAUGUAUCCACCUCCUGCGAUGUCUGAUUCAAGGUUUAUGUCGGAGAAUCCCGGAUUUUAUAACCCCUCUAGUCCGGCUGGAAUUCCUCCUUUUCCUCUCCCUUUUCCUCCUACAGGACAUCCAUCUUCAUAUUUAAAAAUGAAAAACAAGAAGCGGCCUACUCCAAGAAAUGACCCCUACGGGUCGACUCAAGCAGGUUUUGGUCGCCGUAAUUUUAAGGGUGGUCCUGGUUUCCCAAUGGGUCAACGACCCGGUCGUAUUGCAUUAAAUGAUCCAACGAACACAGUUUUACAUGUUCGUAACAUUCCCGAAGAAUAUAUGGAUGAAGAGAAAGUUAAUUCGUUCUUUUCUAAGUUUGGUGUUCUCGAAAAAGUCGAGCUUGAUCCUCAACAUCAUGCAGCUAUAUUGACUUUUACGUCUCAUGAGGCAGCUCAAAAUGCAUGGUCGACGCCAGAGCCAAUUUUUAACAAUAGAUUCAUUAAAAUUUUUUGGUAUAAUUCUAAUAGAGCUUCCCAGGGUUGGCCAGCCUUCCGCCAAGACCCUUCUCAAGUAUCCUCAGAAUCUCCAGACGUUGAAAAUCAGGAGGAUGAUGACCCUACUCUAUUAUUACAAAACGAGGACUUUCAUAAGGAUAUUGCUGAAAAGCAAAAACUGCAUGAAGAACGGAUGAAGCGUUUAGAAGAAAACAAAAAAGCUCUAGAAGAGUUGAAUAUAAGAAAACAAGAAUUGGCUUUACAACAGCUUGAACAACAAAAGUUAUUGAUGAGCAAAAUGAGGGAAGUUGAUCCAGAAAGCAACAAUAAGUCACAGUUGUUGGAAACACAAUUAGCUGUUCUUAAAGCGGAAGCUGAAAGUUUGGGUAUUCCUGUAGCAGGAGGUAAGGAAAUUCAGGCAGGUGCCUCCACAAAUCAUCAUCCCUCUUCAUCCUUAGCUUCUCACAGAGGAUCGUCUACAUUUAGAGGAAGAGGUAGAGGUGCAUUCUCUUUGGCAUCUAUGUCUAUAGACAAUCGGCCUACAAAGAUUAAACUAAAAAAUGUGACGCCCGAGAAGAACGAAGCUCUGCUACAGUUCGUUUUCAGUAUCGGCGAUUAUGAAAGUAUUGAUGAACUUAAUCCUGGCGAACGGUUGAUUAAUUUUCAAAAUAGAAAAGCAGCUGAACGCUUUUACCAUGGAGUCUUACGCAAUCCUUUUUUGAAAGACGUUCAAUUAGAAUGGGUUGCUAAAAGUGCUAUAAUACCUUCGCAAGCACCCGAAAACAUGAUGGAAGACCAGGCAUGAAUAGACUACCAAAAAGGAAACACAACAUUGAAAAAUGUUGUUAUUUAAGGUAAUAAAUUUCAUUUAAUUUUGAUUUUAUUGUGAAAUCUGUAUAAUUGAAGAGGGGGUUAGAUGUUUUGUAUUUCAAAUAUUAUUUCAGUGUAAAGAAGUCAUCAGCACAAUUGCUCCGUGAAGGCAUUAAUGCAAAAAGGAUUGAGAAAAGUCAUUACUUGAGACGGGAAAUGAUGGCUUCCGUGUAUUCGACGUUCGAAGAUUUACCUCCCAAGUCCUUGGUACGAGAUUCGGGGCUGUUGGCAAGGGUAUCAAAAAUAGCUAAAAUAGUGUUAGAUUAAAAAUCGCAAUUAUAUUACAAAAGACGUACCUGUUUCAAUUUUAGCAGCAUGCUCAU